UAUUAAUGGGUCUGAGCUGGUAGAUGCGGUUUAGUUUCACUUAGAGUUUAUCCGGACUGCAUGCAGCGAUCCGUUCUAGCAUUUUUUAUUUAGAGAAAAUGCUCAUUUCAGAGCGGAGGAGAAAGCUUUAAGCUUGUUAGUAAGGUGAACAGGGUCUCAUUCAUGUUACAAAACAUUAGCCGUGCUGUUAUUAUGCUUAUUUGACCUUACAACAAUGACCUUGGUGUGUAGUUUCAUCAUUGUGUAAGGUUGUGCAUCAUUCUGUCAAUAUUAUUGUAAUAUCAUCACCCUCUGCACAUGACAGUCCCACAUUUUUGGGUGAGGGGAUAGUAAAAUAGGUCCAAAUUCAUGCUUUUAAUAACUCCUGUUGAAAUCAACUGCCUUACAACAAAAAAGUCUUUAUUUUUUUUACCCCUUUUUCUGCUUCGUUUACCGCCUGGCAUUGCAGCCCAUGGCCUUGGAUUCUGGACUGACCGCUCAGCAGUGCAUGAGGCUGCCGCGCAGGGUAGAGUCCUUCAGCUCCAGCAGCUGAUUGAGGGAGGUGCUGCUGUCAACAUCGUGUCCGUGGACUCCAUCACCCCCCUGCAUGAGGCGUGCAUACAGGGCCAGACGCAGUGUGUCAGGCUGCUGCUGGAUGCUGGAGCUCAGGUGGAUGCUCGCAACAUUGAUGGAAGCACUCCGCUUUGUGACGCCUGUGCGGCUGGGAGCCUGGACUGUGUCAAACUGUUGUUGGAGUAUGGAGCAACGGUCAACCCUCCACUGUUCACCUUCUCUCCCCUUCACGAGGCAUGCAUGGGAGGUAAUUCAGCUUGUGUUCAGCUCAUGAUUGAUCGUGGAGCCUUCAUGGAGGCACAUGACUGCCACUAUGGAACACCCCUCCAUGUCGCCUGUGCAAGACAACAUUACGAAUGCGCCAAAGUGCUCCUCAUUGCAGGAGCAAACGUGAAUGCAGCCAAACUCCACGAGACGGCUCUUCAUCACGCAGCCAAAGCAAAGAACAUAAACCUCAUCGAGCUUCUUGUGGAGUUUGGGGGAAAUGUGUUUGCCAGAGAUAACCUCAACAAAAAACCUAUCCACUACACCGGUGUGGGAUCCCCUACUUACGCCUGUCUACAGUUCUACGAGAACAACCCUCUGAGUCUGCAGCAGCUCAGCAGAGUGGCUUUCCGGAGGAGUCUUGGUCCAAAAGCGCAGGACGCUGUACCCGAGCUGGGCUUGCCCAAAAGCAUCAUAAACUUUCUCUCUUACACGCCACCUAUUGUUAUUAAACUUUAGCAGAUUGAAGUGACAUCAGUGUUGUUUAGUACCAUUUCCUGCUCUUGGUUUUGUAGUGUUCCAUGUGACAAAAAUGAAGAUUGUCUACUAAAAACAGUUUUCUUAAAGUCCCACUUCGAUCAUCUUUUGAGCUAUUGUUAAAGCGUUCCCAGUGGGUUUUUUUAAAUUACGUUUAUGACGUUUUUUUACCCAGUAAAAAAAAUUCGUCGUUGUCUAGGACAUAGUUUCAGCCGUGUGGCAGUUAAAAAUUCACCUCUUAGUUGUGGCGCGGUGCAAGCCCGCCCCCACUUCUCAUCAUCCAUCGGUUUACAUGCUAUCCCACUAGCUUACAGCCCCUCACAACCCCAGUCUGACGUAACUGGUGCAACAGAAAGGAUGAGUAUUAUUGGAGAUAUGCAGUUGAAUAGUUUUGAGACAGAUCCCACUUCAGACGAGGAAAACGAAGACAUUCAUGGAUCUGUUUUCCUGCAAGUGGAUGCAUCAGAAUAGAGCAGAGCAGAGGUUGUAGCCUACCGUUUGUAGCUUCUACCUCACAGCUACAAGCUUUUUCCAACUGCAGUUUUUCAUCUGCUCUAGAUUCACAGUGAUUUGAAAUACUCAGAAAUUCUGUUUUGAGUCAAAUUUUCUUCAUUUAUUCCCUCCGUUAUCAGAACAAAUUAAAAAGACCAUUUUUAUCGAUGUGAGUCUCUAAGAAAACUUGCAUUAGUUUAUCUUUAGAGUUCUUCGUCUUUUGCUCUUCACUUUUACGGGUCAGUCUGCUGUAGAUUAUGUACAGUAAAGUAUUUUAAUAACUAUCUCAUAAAGUCAGUAACUGUAAUCUCUAAUUUCUCAUGUCUUUAUUUAUGCAGACUUAUAUUUUUAUAGAUCAUGUGUGAACUCUGGCUCUCCUUUGUCUCUAGACCAGAGCAAGUUCCAGAAAUGUAAUGAGAUUUCCAUGAAUCAAUAUCAUUUCCCAUCUGAGUGUGAGGAACAUGUUGGUUCAUAUCACAUUCUGAGUCAUUGCUGGUAGUUCUGCAUUUUUUUAAUUGUAAAUGAGUUCAUAGACACUUGACUUGCAGUUGUUUCUGUUUACUUAAGGCUUAGUUUAACCUAAGCUUGUGUGUGGUUUCACUGUUUCUUUUUUGUACUAUUUGUAACAAAUUUGCUGUAAAUGUGUAAAUAAUGUAGAUGGUUCUACUUCUAUAAUAUAUAUAAAAAAUAACAACAAGGUUAAAAGAA